UCAUUGUCAGGGUAAUGGAUUUAAGAAGUCUUUAAAUUUCAAAUUAGUCAAUGGACUAUAUCAAGUAUAAAAGAACAAUAUUUGUUGAGGAGAUGUGGAUCCAAACCUGUUUUGGUAUUAGGGGAGAAGUAUAUGAAGGUCGUUUUCAGUCUGCCCAGUAAUAGACCCUUUGAUAUUGUUGAGCCUGUAAUCAGGAGACAACCCAGGAGAGAAGAUUUUAAGAGUCAUAUAAUAACAAAAGAAGAAUUAGUAUCAGAUAUUGAUCUUGAAACGGUGGAAAAUGGCAGAUGACUACUCGGGGAGUGACUUGAAGAAUCUUUCUUUGGCAGCUGCAAAUCAUCCAAUAAAAGAAAUUUUGGAAAAUGAAACGAAGGUAUCUUGGACACUGUAUAAGUUAUGUGUUUGUGGGGUCCGUCUUACUUGGCACAGCUUGUCACAUGGAUUGAGCAUCUUUCAAGAGGGUUAUUAUGGUGUGAAAGAUACUUUAAAGCUUGAGACAAAUGCCGAGUCAUCAAAGGGAGAAACUGAAUUCAAUGAACCUUCUGUUAUACAUGGUGCCAGUAGCUGUAGUGAUAUUGCACCUGCAAGAAAAGAUAUCAACAUUGUGUGGUACAUGCUUUUCAACUCUCCAAUGACAUAUUGUGUAAAUUUGACCAAUUUCUUGGUUACUAAGUGA